UGUUCGUUGAACACUUUUAUAGAAGUGAGGGGUGAUCGAUCUUUUCCACACUCAAACCUAAAGAGUCUCAUAAAAAAAACUAUGCAAGCUUCUCUCAUCCGAACCGGCUCCGUGCCGGUCCAGAACACGGUUCUCCCCGGUUCACCGCGAGUCUCACUCACGCGCCAAGCCUCCUUCUCCGGCGACAAGAGCCACGCGCAUUCUCCCAGGUUUUCAAUCCAUUCUUCCCACUCCAACAACCGCAGAUCCUCGUCGGAGCGCGACGACGAGAAUUUCGGCGUUCGCCGGGAUCUGAACCGAACCGGAUCGCCCUCGUUUUCACCAAUCGUACCUCACGAAGAAGACUUCCUCUCCGACGCCGCUCCGCGCAAGCUCGGAAUCCGGCCGGAGGAUCUACAAUUCGGAGAAGGAGACGGUGGAUUCCACCGCGGUGCGCCUCUCACCGGCGGAAACGGCGGCGAGAGGAUGAAAAUCGGCGCGUACUACGAGGAAAUGUUGAGGUCUAAUCCGACGGACGCGCUUCUGCUGAGAAACUACGGCAAAUUUCUCCACGAGGUGGAGAAAGACACGGUCAGAGCAGAGGAAUUUUACGGAAGAGCGAUUCUCGCGAACCCUGGCGAUGGCGAAUUGCUUUCUCUCUACGGAACGCUUAUUUGGGAAACGCAGAGAGACGAAGAUAGAGCCAAAUCUUACUUUGACCAAGCCAUUCACGCCGCUCCUAAUGAUUGUACGGUGCUGGGAUCGUAUGCGCACUUCAUGUGGGAAGCGGAGGAGGAGGAAGAAGAAGUUAACGGAGGAGCGACGGAGAUAACGGCGACGGAGAUGAUCGUUGCUUUUUAAUUUAUUAAUUUAGUUAACUUAUUAGGGGGUUCGAGAAUGUCACAUGCGUGUUAUAGUUCUAACUGGCGUUACACGAUUAUAAUAUUUUAUAAUAAUAAUAAUAAUUAUAAUAAAUGGUAUCCUUUGUUUGAUGUAUCUAACUGUAAGCUACAAAAAGGCCAUACCACUAGAAGAUGAGAGACUGAACUGAAAGCGAAACCUCUGUGUGUCCUUUUCGUUCCUUCUUGUUCCUUCUACAGCCUGUACCAUGUAAUGUAACUUGUUUGUACAUGUAACUCUUUGCGGUAUUUUGAUGAUAUUAUUAUAGUUAAUUUUCGUUCUUGAAUCUA